GCCGGAGCCUACCAGCCAGAAGACCCACCUCGGCGCGCCUCCCACGGCCAGCGCCGCUCGAGGAAGUCGCGGUGCUGCUCCGUGUUCUUGCGGCGGCUGGAACUACGGGCGCCGAGCCGGGAGGAGGAGGAAGAGGAAGAGGAAGCACGGCUCCGCAUGCAAGGAAAGGGGAAGGGGCUGCUUCCAGGCUUGGACCCCGUUUUGCCCAAGGCCGCAGAGCCACUCUCUUUCGUGGACUUUGAUUAAUAACGAGGAUUUUCCAAGUCUCCCAAGCUGAGCAAGCUUCAUCGCGUUUCGACGACUCCAGUUUGGAUAUUAAAUGUAUCAGAAAGCCGACGCUUUGGCAUGUCCUAGCAGCAGCCCAGAAUGUACUGGUGUGUGGGAACAGAGGACUCUGUCGUUAAUGACACCAAGAGCGACAUGGAGGCAGAAGACGAGUCCAUGGAGAUGGGGACCAGACAGUCCACAGCCGGAGGUCUCUCCAUCGGACGGUCUUCAGUGACGGAGACUGUCCAGGGUGCUUACAGAAGCGGAGAAUUCAGUAGAGCCCAGGAGCUGAUCAAAAUGGCGUGUCAGGAGAACAUCGUGCAAGUCGAGAGGGGCCAUCUCUUGAGUCUUUCAGCUGCCUAUGGGGACCUUGAGGCAGUGAAGUAUCUGCUGAAAGAAGUGUGCGUGACUGUGCCCCUUGAACCUAAUGAUGAUAACCCAGCUGUGGUGGCAGCAUAUUUUGGGCACGCAGACAUCGCUAAAGAACUGCUGGAUUCUUUUAUUGGGCCUACGAACAUCUUGCAACUUCUGAACUGGAUGCUGGCCAUUGCUUGCCAGCAGGGCCACCUACACAUCGUCCAACUCCUAGUCCUGACGUAUAAAGCAGAUCCUGACAGCUAUGCAGUGAGGAAGAAUGAGUUUCCAGCUCUUAACCGAUUGCCUCUAUACGCAGCUAUAAAAGCAGGGCAUGAAGAAGUGGCUGCCUUCUUGCUUGACAAUGGAGCCUUCUUUUCUUCCUAUGUCCUGAUGGACUGCCCCGGGACAAGCAAAGAUGUUCUUUGCAAAUAUUGCAUAGAAACAAUCACCUUACCAGGGAGCGUUCCAGCAAAAACAGCUCUCUGUGUGAACUGGUCAAACCUCAGGCUUCCUUGGGUGGAUCUCGAGUGGCUGAUAGACAUCUCCCACCAGAUGACCGAGCUUGACCUCUCUGCCAAUUGCUUGACUUCACUCCCAUCCAUCAUCCCUUGGGGGCUGAUAAACCUCCGGAAACUGAACCUCACCGGGAACUGGUUAAAUGAACUGCCUGACGUGCAUUCUUCGGAUGAAAUUAUAUGCACCAAGUUGCUUGAGAUUGACAUAUCCAACAAUAGGUUUCUUACUCUUCCUUCUGGAUUCUUGCACCUUUCCAGACUUCAAAGGCUUGUGGCUGCCAAAAAUUAUUUGGAAAAGUUACUUGACGAGGAGAACGCUAUUAACUGGAUUGGAUUAAGGAAACUGCAGGAGCUGGAUGUCUCGGACAAUCGGUUGUCGGAAAUGCCCGCACACUUUGUCCACUGUUUGAAAUCGCUGAGCUUUCUGAACGUGUCCGGGAAUAACCUGAAGGUGUUCCCUCAGCCUUGGGCCUGUCCCUUGAAAUGUUGCAAGGCAGCUAGAAAUUCAUUUGAAUCACUCCCUGAUACUUUCGCUGUUUUCUGGAAAAAUCAUCUCAGAGAAGUAGAUUUUUCUGAAAAUUCCCUGAAGGAAGUACCCCAGUGUCUCUUCCAGCUGGAAGCAUUGGUGUCCUUGAAACUUUCAGAAAAUCAGUUAGUCACCUUACCUUCUCACGAAAAGUGGGCUUGCAGGCAGCUGAAAUCACUGGAUCUCUCAAAGAACCAGCUUGGAAAAACUGUCGAAGAGUCCAAAACUAAGCGGAUUUCAUUUUUCACUACAAGGAGCAGAGCGCGUGCUGGCACUGAGACUGGUUCCACCUUGGAGUUUCCGGAAUACCUGAGUGAGUCUCUCGAAGUCCUAUAUCUGAAUGACAACCAUCUAGACUCUGUCCCCCAGUCGGUCUGUCUGCUCAAAGGGCUGUCGGAGCUUUACUUAGGAAAUAACACAGGCAUUCAAGAGCUUCCUCCUGAACUUGGACAGCUGACUAAUCUUUGGCAACUGGAUAUUGAAGAGCUCAAUAUUGGCAACCUCCCUGCAGAGAUCCGAAAACAGGGCCCCAAGACAAUCUUAGCUUACUUACGAGCCCAGCUACGCAAAGCAGAGAAAUGCAACCUCAUGAAAAUGAUUGUGGUGGGUCCCCCACGCCAGGGAAAGUCCACGCUGAUUGAGAUCCUACAGACAGGGAAAGCUUCCCUGUCGAUGCCCAGUGACAGCACCAUUCAGACCACAAAGUGGGAGCUUCAGAAACCAGCUGGAUUCAAAUUGAAGGUUGAUUCAGUUGAGUUUAACGUCUGGGAUAUUGGAGGUCCCACCAGCAUGUCAACAGUCAAUCAGUGUUUCUUCACAGAUAAGGCAUUGUAUAUCGUCGUCUGGAACUUGGCACUGGGGGAAGAAGCUGUUGCAAAUCUUCAGUUCUGGUUGCUGAAUAUCGAGGCCAAGGCUCCAAAUUCGAUUGUGCUAGUGGUGGGAACGCACCUUGACUUGAUCGAAACAAAAUUCCGUGUUGAGAGGAUUGCCACCCUGAGAGCAUACGUCCUGGCUAUCUGUCGAUCUCCUUCUGGCUCAAGAGCCACAGGCUUCCCGGAUAUCACGCUGAAACACUUACACGAGCUCUCGAGCAAGACCCUGGAAGGCCUGGAUGGACUGCGCCAGCUAAUCUACCACAUCACUUGUUAUAUGAAGGAUGUUGGAAGUUCUCUUUGCUCGCAAAGGCUCAUCGGGAGAUUGAUCCCAAGGAGUUACUUGAGUCUCCAAGAAUCCAUCAUAGCUGAACGACAGAAGAGAAGGCAGAACGACGAUGUACAGUAUCUAACAGACAAGGAAAUAGAGCAAAUCGUAGAGAGAACUCCCGGCAAUGACAUCAAAGACUAUGAGGACUUGCAAUCUGCCAUCAAUUUCCUGAUUGAAACAGGAACAUUGCUGCACUUCCCAGAUACGAGCCAUGGAUUGAGAAACCUUUAUUUCCUCGACCCAGUCUGGUUGUCAGAGUGUCUGCAAAGAAUCUUCAACAUCAAAUGCUCAAAGUCGGUUGCGAAGAACGGCGUGAUCAAAGCUGAGGACCUCCGCAUGCUGCUGGUUGGGACAGGGUUCACCAAACAGACAGAAGAACAGUACUUCCAAUUCCUUGCCAAGUUUGAAAUUGCACUGCCGGUAGCUAACAACAGUUACCUUCUACCCCACCUGCUUCCUGCCAAGCCGGCUGUUGAUAUGCAUGGCCUCCACCACCAGACAACAAACACCAUCCAGAGGGUAUUCAAGAUGAGCUUUGUCCCUGUUGGCUUUUGGCAAAGGUUUAUAGCCCGGAUGCUCAUCAGUCUUGCAGAGAUGGACCUCCAGUUCUUUGAAAACAAGAAGACCGCCAAGAGCAGGAAUAAAAGAGCCGCUAUCUACAGCUUCACAGGCACACAGCGAAACAGAUGCAGCACUUUCCGGGUGAAAAGAAACCACACCGUUUACUGGCAAGAGGGGCUGUUUGUCACCUUUGAUGGAGGCUACCUGAGUAUAGAGUCUUCUGAUGUGAACUGGAAGAAGAAAAAAAGUGGAGGUAUUCAUAUUAUCUGCCAGUCAGACAUGAGGGAUUUUUCAGCCAUGGCUUUUAUCACCGAUCAUGUCAAUUCUCUGAUAGACCAGUGGUUUCCAGCGCUCACAGCCACAGAGAGUGACGGGACUCUGCUAAUGGAGCAGUACGUCCCAUGCCCAGUUUGUUCCACCCCUAAAAGGCAAGAUGGAAAAGACAGCAAGGAAGCAGAAGACAUGCAAUACUUCAACAUGGAGGAUUGUGUUCUAACCGCUAUCGAGCGGGAUAGUAUCACCUGUGCUCACCACCAGGAUAUACUUGUCCCUUUACAGGAGCUGGUCCCUGAGCUUUUCAUGACGGAUUUUCCUGCCAGAUUAUUUUUGGAAAACAGCAAGCUGGAAUAUAUCAAAAAUGAAAACAAUAUUCUCGGUCAAGGAGGAAGUGGCACAGUUAUAUAUCGGGCGCAGUACCAAGGGACACCGGUGGCCGUGAAGCAAUUUCAGAUUAAAAAAAUCAAGAGUUCUGCUGGUUCAGCUACAGACACAAUGCUGAGGCACCUGCAAGCCAUGGAUGCCAUGAAGAACUUCUCUGAGUUCCGUCAGGAAGCCAGCAUGCUCCACUCACUCCAGCACCCGUGCAUUGUCUCCUUAAUAGGGAUCAGCAUCCAUCCUCUCUGCUUCGCCUUAGAGCUGGCCCCUUUGGGCAGCCUCACCACCGUAUUAUCAGGAAGCUCUAAAGGAUCAUCCUUUGUGCCACUAGGGCAUAUGUUGACCCUAAAAGUGGCCUAUCAGAUAGCAGCAGGCCUGGCCUACCUCCACAAGAAGAGUAUCAUUUUCUGUGACCUGAAGUCAGACAACAUUCUGGUGUGGUCUCUAGAGAUGAAAGAAAGCAUCAACAUCAAACUCUCCGACUAUGGGAUUUCCCGACAGUCCUUUCACGAAGGGGCUCUUGGAGUGGAGGGCACGCCGGGAUACCAAGCCCCAGAGAUACGGCCUCGGAUUGUCUAUGACGAAAAGGUGGAUAUGUUUUCCUACGGAAUGGUGCUCUAUGAGCUGUUAUCUGGGCAGCGCCCCGUGCUUGGGCAACACCAGCUUCAAAUUGCAAAGAAGCUGUCCAAGGGGAUCCGGCCUGUCCUGGGCCAGCCCGAAGAGGUGCAGUUCUAUCGAAUGCAGGCAUUGAUGAUGGAAUGUUGGGACACGAAGCCUGAAAAGCGCCCAUUGGCCACCUCGGUGAUAGGACGAAUGAAAGACCCAACCUUCGCUAUGUUCAUGUACCUGCUGCCAUGUGGAAAACAGUUGUCCUUCUCUUCCUGUGGACAAGAGGGGACAGUAGUAUUCUGGGAUGGGAAGGAAGACACAAGAAACUACACAGUAGUGAACAUAGAGAAAGGACUCGUGGAAGUUGCAAGGAUGAGCUGCCCAGGAAUGAAAUUAUGCUGCCAAAUGAAACUUCAGAGUUAUCUAUGGGCCGCCACAGAGGACCAGAAGAUUUAUGUGUACAGUUUACAAGGCAUGUGUCCUCUGAAGGUUCCACAAAAGGGUAUAGACACUCCAGCAAUUGUCACCUGUUUCCUUGCAGUACCUGUUGUAAAAAAGAAUGCCUACCUGGUAAUGGCUGGUUUAUCAGAUGGACUGGUAGCUGUUUUUCAAGUGUCACAUGGUAUCCCUGAGGACGGGUGUUGCUAUCUCUGCUCCCACACCGCCAAUCGUUCUAUAUUCAAGAUUAUUGAUGAUGACCCCCGCCAGAACCCUUACCCUGUGAAAGUGAUGGAAACGGCAAACAAUGGCACAGAAGUGUGGUACAGCAAUGGUCCCGGUGUCCUCAUCAUAGAUUGCGCAAGCAUGGAAAUCACCAGGAGGCUGGAGCCCUACGAUCCACCAUCCAUGGUUGUGUCCAUUGUGUGCAGCUCAGAGUGCAACGGGGAGGAAGUGGCCUGGUUUCUGGAUGAUGGGACCAACUUCCUGGUGAUGUAUUACACCUCCACUUACCAGCUGUGUGCACGGUAUUUCUGUGGGGACUGCAGCCCUUUGAGGGACAUGUUUACCGUUCAGCAGCCCUCAGCCUUAAUUCCUGUUGCGUUGGCUGCAAAUGGGAACAUGAAUCCUGAGAAGACCUCUUCAACUGACGUGAGCAUCCUGCGCAGCCAAGAGGUAGGCAUUCAAAUAUUAAACCACCAGGAUUCCAUGACGGACUAUUGCUCCAUGUCAUCUAACUCCUCCUUACUUCCCAACCGGAUGACGAGGACCCCGUCAAGCCUUCCAAGCUCCCCUGUAAGCUCCUCUAGUGUGCCUUUCUCAACAGAUUGUGAGGAGCCUGACAAGCUUCAGGAGCCAAAGCCUCCCCCUGAGAAACCUGAAAAUGAUUCGGAAUCAGCCGGCGAUGAUACCAGUUGUCUCCAGGCUGUAAAAAUCCUCCCUGUGAAAGACCUCCUAUGGAUUCCCAGGCGAGGUGGAGAUAUCAUUGUGAUCAGCUUGGAGAAGGAAGCCGUCUCUCAACGGGGGAGAGUCAUAGCUGUACUGAAGGCUGCAGAGCUGGCCCCCUACGGGUCACUGGUGGAUGCUGCUGUCUUGUCCAAGGACAGAGUUGUGUGUUCUUUCAAGAACGAGGCCACGGAGUGGUGUUUGGCCAUCUGGAAGAGCUGGGGUGCCAAAGAGUUUGACAUUUUUUACCGGUCCUAUGAAGAACUUGGAAGGCUUGAAGUUUGUAUGAGAAAGAGGAGGUAGCAUUUGUGGCACAGAGACAGAGACUGGGUAGCCAGCAAAAGAGAAAAAACUGACUCUUUCAUUUCAGUGCAAGGAUCUUCAAGAAAAACUGGGUGGUUGCUGUUCAAUUUUGCUGCUAAAAGACAUUCUUGGUCACACACACCUUUGCAUCACACACUGUCUAUAAUGCAUUUGGAUUCUCUCAUCUAGACACAUAAUUGUCAAAGGGAAGACCCUGCCCACCCUUCUUCUAAUUAUGCACAUGUAUCUGGACAUCAACAUCUCUGCAAAGACAAGGUUGUGCUCUUUGUUUCUCACCGCGUCGUGACCCAGCAGUUAGCAAGCUUUGUCUUCCAAAUCCCCAAAGUCACACGUCAGCUUUCAAUUUCCAUAGCAAUAAAGCAUAAAGAGAAUCUUGCUGUAGCCCAGGAGGUACCUUCUUAGUAAAAUUAUCUACAGGUUCUGGACUGAGUAGCAUUACAGGGAGGUAAAUGAAUUGGGCUGUGCACCUGUGGUGGGUGUGAAACAGAUGAAAAUAUAUCUGCAUAUUAUCAUUCCUUCUAUUCUCCAUCCUCAGCACCACCCAUUCACGAGGGGGAAGGUAGCAGCUGGGAGGGGGCAAAGUUUGCAGAAGUACCAAAAAUCUCUGAGGGGGAACCCUAAGAGGGAGAGUGUAAUAUUCCCAGGGUGCCUGGUUGGUCACUAAGGUCAGUCCCUCAGCUACUGAGCUGAGUCUACACUUAAAAUUCUUGCUGCUGCCACAAUCUACAGGCUUAAUAGAUUGUCCCAUAUAUUUCCUGUAGGGUUGGGGGAGAAAUUUGAUUCUGUUUGUAUUUAAAGCCGAAUUUAUCAAAUGUGUGCUUUCCAAAACAUUCUGAGAACCGAAGCACAGCCAUCCUUUGAAAUUUGCACUUACCCUAAUUUUGCAGUGCAGGUUUCCAACCAAACAAUGUGUACAGACAUGAAUAUAUUAGGGGAAAGUGUGCGUAAAAAUGAAUUAUGAAAAUACAGUACAAAAAUGCAUUAUAUUAGGGGAACCUACUUGCAAAUAUGUGUACAUUCGUCAAAACUGCAUACAAAAAUGUGUUCAUUAGGAGAAAUUCGCACUAAAAUGCUGAAGAAUUUUCAUGUUCGUUUGUUUUUCCCCAAAAUGUGCAAAUUGCUAUAGAAAUGUGGAUAACCGAAUUUCAGAUUGGAAAAAUUAGAAACGGCGAGAACCAAAAUCUAACCAAAAACACUUUCAAAUGGCUGCUGGAGUGGAAGGUCUUCAUAUACCUUUGGGCAAUGAGGAAGCUGCUACAAAGAGCAAGAGCCUCACACUGCCUGAAUCCGCUUUUGUUGCGCUAUAGUGCCCCUGCAGAUGGCAAUAUUGUGGUAACAUCGGGGAAGCAUCACAGAACAACUAAUGAAGCACAAUGACAUGUGGACAGGCCAAUAUAAAUCCACCCCUAAUGCACUAUGAUUGUGUCCAUGACAUGUUACAGAACACACCUGCUGAAAAGGAAAAACAAAACAGCCCGCAGGAGCCCUUAAUUCCAUGGAAUCCAGUUCAAACUAAUCGCUUCAGGUUUGUAGCAAAUAACUCCAAAAUGCAAAGUUCACAAGUCUAAUUUAGGGGUGAUUGGACUAGCACACAGGACCUUGCUGUGUUGAUUUCAGUGGUACUUAAGUGUGAUUAUCAUGCUUGUCUAAGCAGCUUGCCAAAGGGUAAAGCCUUUUAGCUGCACCUCUUUGGUGGUGGUGCACCAAUGGCCCUACACCUCAGCGCUGCAUGUGUUUUUAAGUUGUGCCAAGAUCCAGGCUGCCAGUUAGAUGUCCUGAAGCAGAACAACAACAAAUCAAAUACCGUUCUGAAAGAGUGUUGCGCCUUGCAGUGGAGGCUGGAGGGCAGAAGAAUCCCAGCAGGCUUCAUCAGCUCUCCCUACUGAUUUUAAAGUUACUUAAGUGUGACUAUCUCUCUGUAUUGCACACCAAUUUCUUUAUGGAAAGGAGGGUUGCCCAGAAACAAUUUGUAUUGUUAUUUUUAUUUCGGCACUACCAAAACAGAUUAAGCAUAAGCAUGAAAAGAAAAGAAAAAAGGAAAUUCUAUUCACAGUUUUCUGAUUAAAAAAUAGUCAUAUGGAAAGACACCUCCUCG